AUGCACAGCGCGGCGAUGGGCGGCGGAGCGCUCUUUGGGUGCUCCUCAGCCGGCCACAGCGGCAUCAACCAGCUCGGGGGCGUCUACGUCAACGGCCGGCCGCUGCCCGACUCCACGCGGCAGAAGAUCGUGGAGCUGGCGCACUCGGGCGCGCGGCCGUGCGACAUCUCCCGCAUCCUGCAGGUCUCCAACGGCUGCGUGUCCAAGAUCCUCGGCAGAUAUUACGAGACUGGGUCUAUCAAGCCUCGAGCCAUCGGCGGGUCGAAGCCCCGGGUGGCCACCACCCCUGUGGUCCAGAAGAUAGCGGACUACAAACGCGAGUGCCCGUCGAUCUUCGCGUGGGAGAUCAGGGAUCGCCUGCUCAGCGAGAAUGUGUGCAAUAACGACAAUAUUCCUAGUGUAUCAUCAAUAAACCGAGUGCUCCGAAACCUGGCGUCGCAGAAGGAGCAGGCAGCGUCAGCGCAGAACGACAGCGUCUACGAGAAGUUAAGGAUGUUCAACGGGCAGGCGGCGACGGGCUGGUGGUACCCUGGGCUACCUACAGCACCAGCAGCGCCGGCUAUCCCUGCGCCGCUACCACCUCAGCUCAAUAGGACCGGCUCGGAAGAGCAUAAACGAGCAGACCCCCUCCAAUCCGAAGCUGGUUCGGACGGGAACAGCGAGCACGCGUCCUCAGGGGACGAAGACUCCCAGAUGAGGCUCAGGCUCAAGAGGAAGCUGCAGAGGAACCGGACCUCCUUCACGAACGACCAGAUAGACAGCUUGGAGAAAGAAUUCGAGAGGACCCACUACCCAGACGUGUUCGCGCGGGAAAGGCUCGCUGAAAAGAUCGGAUUGCCUGAGGCACGUAUCCAGGUCUGGUUCUCCAACCGGCGAGCGAAGUGGCGCCGAGAAGAGAAACUCCGGAGCCAGAGGAGGGACGCUCCAGCGGCUUCGCCCCCGGCGCCGCCCGCGCCUCGGCUACCACUGAACGGCGGGUUCAACUCCAUGUACAGUCCCAUACCGCAGCCUAUUGCUACUAUGAGUGAUUCUUAUAGCUCAAUGUCCGGCGGGCUAUCCUCCUCGUGCCUGCAGCAACGCGACGGCGGUUACCCGUACAUGUUCGGCGACGUUCUCGGCGGCGGCGGCUACUCACGCGCGCCGGCGGCGCACCAGCAGCACGCCGCCUACUCGCAGCCGCAAGCCGCUGCUAGCACUGGUGUAAUAUCGGCGGGAGUGAGCGUGCCUGUGCAAAUACCUUCCCAAGGGCCGGACCUCGCGUCGAACUACUGGGGCCGGCUACAGUGAUCGCAGCUCUUCGGGUUCCCUCGGCUUCUCUCGAUGCCCGAGAACCCGACCGAGUCGCCAUCUAGCGAACUCGCGCACAACUACGCCGACCUAUCCAUGAACGCCCUCAACAUGACUGCUGGACACGAUGCUAACAUACCAGAAUUACAAGAAAACAACUCCGUAUCCUAAAGUGUUUGGUGCGUUAUCAUACGAGUACUUUCCUUCGUGUAAUUAAGGCAACUGAUGAUGUUCAAACUUAGUUCUAAGUCGCUGUGUAAGAUGAAUUGUAUUGGAACUUUUUUGGCAAAAUUUAACUGUAUAAAUACUUUUUUGAAUCGAUUUUUAAUGCGGUACAAUUCAUCGUGCACGGCCAUUUACGUAAGCUAGGAAAGCAAUAGAAUGUAAAUAUAGGUAAGCGCCAUCUAUUGUUGAGUAGUGAAUUCUCGCUCCGUUGACGAAGGGCGGGAAAUGUAAAUUGUUUGUGCCAACGUUUGUAAUAAUUGAGUGUUAUGCCCUUGGCGACAACCCUUUUGAUGUAUGUUGGGGUGCAAAAUUAAUGAUAUAGAUGAAAAAAUGUCGCAAUGAGCUUCGUUACAGCGAUUUGUUUCUCUCCCCAACAAAUUGACACACACUAACCAUGUUUGUAUUAUUAUUGUAUAUUACACUAAUAAAUGUUGUAAGUACGUUCGCAGUUCUAUAGCACAGACUUUGAAACGAAUUAAUUUAUUAUUUAUAAAUUAUGGAUAAGGAGAUCGAUAUUGCUGUGAUUAUAAUGUAGUAAUAAAUUAUUUUUACCAUGGUGGAAAACAAUAUUUUGAAAUUACAUUUCGGAAUACAAUUUGGGAAGUCAAACAUAAAAUUCAUGUACAAAACUGUAUACUUACUGUACUUAAAUAAUACUUAAUUUGGUUGUAAUAUAGCAUUUCGUUUACUAAAGGAUCACAAUACUGUAUUAAGCAUGAGAAUAUUAAUUUUACAUUUUAAAUGAAUGUGAAUCAUAAUAUAUUUUCAAUAAGAAUAAAUGCAAUAUGGACGAGGUAUAGGAGUAUGGUAAAUUGUAUGUAAAAUAGGUAAGAAGUAAGUGUAAAAUAAAUUAUUACUCGGAUGUAAGUGCAUAUAGAUUGAGGAGA